UCAUUCGCUAAUUGUAUCUAGACGUCGUGCAGUACUUAUGUAAAAUAUUGGUGGGAAAAGUUAUGCGUGGUUGGAUUUACACACCUUUGCAUGUAUGAAUGAAAUUCUUAUGUCAUGAGCCUCAAGCAAACUUAACUUGCACGGCUACUGAUAACAAUGGAAGGCUAUUUCAAGCUUGCUUUGCUACUAGGGUCUGUAUAUAUGGCAGGAUGUCAAGUGCAACAGAUGACCGAGCUUACUAUACAUAACCUUCUUACCCGUGUCCGAGACCUGGAGAUAGCCGUUAAACAACUAGUUGAAAUUCAGAAUUCACAAGCUGGUAAUUCUUAUACGAAUACAAUAACCCCGACAACUGCCUUGCCGGAUGUUCCUUUGCCAUUAAAUAUGUUGGAAGGUUUCACACUCGGAAACUCUGGGGAUGAGAAGGGAUUUCAUGUUACAUUGGAUAAUGACGUCACAGUAGGUUAUGGCAAUAAGAUAAAAUUCGACAGGAUUGUAGAAAAUAUGGGUGGAGCUUAUAAUAAAGUAAACUCGGAGUUCACCUGCCCCACAUCUGGAACAUACCUUCUGUCAUUAAAUAUAGCCUGUGAGAGAGAUAGUUACCUGGUAACUAACGUUGAAAUACGCAACGAAAAGGGGCCCGAAAGAGACAUUCUCAACUCUGUAUGUGAUCACCGGAAGCGAACGUUAAGCGGCGGAAGAAGUUUAUACUGCGGGCGCACACAAAAUGGUGGUACAGCCAUUGUAUCUUUAAAGAAAGGUGAAAAAGUAUCUGUAAAAAAGUUGUGGCCAUUUGGAGAUUCAAGUACCAUUUCCGGAAAUGGUCUCUCUACGUUUUCUGGAUAUUUACUAAGACAUUCCUAAACGAAUCGGUUGCAUUAAAGAAACACAUGUAAAUCAUAAACACGAUAAAGACUUGAUGUAAA